AUGAUCUGUGAUUCCUUUAAAGGGCAUUUGGAGGAGUCAGUUAAAAAAAAGUUUAAAGAAUGUGAUUAUGACUUAGCAGUCAUUUCAGAUGACUUGACCAGUUUAUGUCAACUUCUAGCUGUAGCAAUUCACAAACCAUUUAAAGAUAAUCUUACAGAGAAUUCUGAUAAAGAAAAUGUUAGUUAUGAUGAUGCUAGUAUUGAUGAUAUCGAUGAUAUUGAGUAG